AUGUGUGUACGCGCGUGGAUUGAUGAAGUAGUUGGUUUACCUUUGUGUUUAAAAACUUCCAGUGCUCAGUUCGAUGUGCUGGUAAAAGAGCUGGAGAAAAAUCCAGACUUGGCAAGAUGCGCUCCAACGUUUGGUGUGAGUAAGAGCCUGGUAGAACUACAGUGGAAUGAAUUAACCAAUAAAUUAAACGCACAUGGACCUCCACAAAGAACAGCUACCGAAUGGAAAAAGAUUUGGGCUCAUCUUAAAAGCCGCACAAAGAAGAAAAUUGCGGAAAAUGCGUCCAACAUGCCUGUUCGGAAUGCUAGAAAUGCACGUCUACUUACUCGGCGUCUAGAAAUUCCAAUACAUUUGUACUGUCUCGAAGCCUCCGCCUCUGAAUUCUCUUUUCAUCCAAUCAAAAAACGUAUUUGGGCAAAAGAGAAGGCGCGCUCCUGA